GAAGAGAGUGUAAAGCAGCCACAUGCAGAGAGUUAGGGCGGGAGUAGUGCCUCUGAUGGAAUACCGUGUGCAGUUCUGGUCACUGGUAUUCACUAAAGACUAAUUCGCUCUGAAACAGGUGUAGCAAAGAGCUACCAGGAUGAUCAGGGAAAUGAAGCACCUAAUCUUAUGAGAGAAGACUGGAAGAUCUUGGCUUGUUUCAGACUUCAUUUUGUUAGGCUAGAGGAGAUAGGAUUUCUCUCUGUAAAUACAUAUCAGGGGUGUAAAGGGAGGGAGAAGAGCUAUAUAAGCCAAACAGACAAUGCUGGCACAAGAACAAGUGGGUAUAAACUGCCCAUGAAUACAUUCAGGCUGGAAAUCAGAAGAAGGUUUCUAACCACCAGAGGAGUGAGGUUCUGGAAAAGCCUCCCAAUAGGAGGAAAGGGGGAAAGAAACCUAACUGGUUUUAAAAUGGAUCUUGAUAAAUUUAGGAAUGGGAUUAUAUGACAGAUUUGCCUGUAACAGCAGAGGACUGGACUCAGUGACCUAGCAGUCACUACCUUCUUGUCCUACAUUGGAUAGGAGGUGCAGGGGCUAAUUUCCUAUCUGCCUUUCUACAUCCACUUUGUUUCUGCUCUGCCGUCAGUUUUGAUUGCUUAAUUGAAGUCUUCACAGUGGAUGUGGUCAUCAGGACAAGGGCAUUCACCUGCUUCCAGCUCUGCUCGGAGAAAGGAACUGUGUUGUCAUUCCACAUCUGGCAAGAACCCGGCAUUGCAUCCACAUCACCACAACUGCUGGAAAGAAUCUGUGAAAUGUAACCAGUGAUUGACCUCCAAACCACCGAUACCAGGAGGAGACCCAUUGAAGAGCUGGUGACGGAAUCUGCAGAGAGAGAGACACCCAUCCACUUCCGAGGGGCGGCAGGGAAUGACCUGACUCCUGCUCCCCUGAGGGUAAUGAUCUUCCUCCAUGCCUCUUGUUGUGCCCCAUUUGCCUAUCAGUGGCCUGAACUACAUCACUGAGAUCUCUACAGGUUCUGUUGAGCAUGUCAAAUGCCAGCAUCUCUCAAAGUCUGGACCAAUGCAAAGAUUACAGCUCCAACCACCGGCUGCACCUGGUUGGGUACAGCUUGAUCUUUGUGGCAGGUUUGAUGCUCAAUGCUAUGGCACUCUGGGUCUUCCUGCGCUACCUGCACCUCAAGUCUGUGGUGAGCAUCUAUAUGUUCAACCUAGCAGUAAGCGACCUGCUCUUCACACUCUCGCUGCCACUACGGCUCUAUUACUACUCCAGCCAGCACUGGCCCUUUGGCAAUUUCCUUUGCCAGGUGUCUGGCUCCCUCUUCCAGAUCAACAUGUAUGGCAGCUGCCUCUUCCUCAUGUGCAUCAACCUGGAUCGCUAUGUUGCCAUUGUCCACCCACUCCGCUGGCGCCACCUUCGGCGGCCCAAGUUGGCCCGGCUGCUCUGCCUGGUGGUGUGGGUGCUUAUCCUGGUGGGCUCUGUUCCGGCUGCUGGUGUACACAGGUCAAGUUCCUGCAUCAAAGGGAACCAGACCAUCGCUCUGUGUUUUGAAAGCUUCAGUGAUGGCCUGUGGCAGAAGGGCAUCUUCCCACUGGUCAUCCUGGCUGAAAUCCUGGGCUUCCUCUUGCCACUGACCUCUGUGACGUACUGCUCAAUUAGAAUCUUCCAGAAGCUAUGCCAGGCCAGCGAGACACAGAGCCUGCGCCAGCAGAAGACUAUCCGCCUGCUCGUGGUGAAUUUGGUGAUCUUCAUCAUCUGCUUCGUGCCCUACAACACAACUCUGGCAGCCUACGGGAUGAUAAAGGCCCACGUGAUCCAGGCUGAACCGCCAGUUCGGGACUCUGUGCGCCAGGUGCUUAUUGUCACAGUGCUGUUGGCCAGCAUGAACUGCUCUCUGGACCCCCUAAUUUACUACUUUAGCACUGAAGGUUUCCGUAACACCUUCAAGAAGCUCCGGCGGGGCCAAGCAUGGGACUCCGACACAGGGAUGGCCAAGACUCAGGUCACAAAGACAAAACUCUAUAGCGCACGCUCCAGUCUAGAAGCAAAGCAGUACCCAGUCAAAAACUUCAUUCUCCCCAAUGAGGACUUGCCACUGGCUCCUAUCAAAAUAUUUUUGAAUGGCCCAAUUGAGGACUCUGAAAUAUAAUCCUGGAAGUCACAGGGUUGCUGAGUUAUAGGGUAGCCAUAAGAUGCCAGGAAGAUUGUGGGAGUUGGCUAGAGUGUAUGUACCCUGAUCAAACUGGAGAAGCUUAGUAGGGUGAUAAGGAAAUGUGAGGAUGGUAAACUUGGUGAUGCAAAACUAAAUAACAUUUUUUACAACAAAAUGAGAAA